AUGGCCAAAAGCAAGAAAAGUAAGCAGGCAGUUGGAAAGGCUGCCGCCGCCCCCAAGGCCAAGAAAGAUGAUCUUAUCAUGACGAUAGACAGUGAUUCCGAGAACGAAGGCCCAGCUCCAGAACCCUCUGACGAUGAGGAAGAUGAGAAGGCAGAAGAGGAAGAAAACAAAGAACAUAAAGAUUUAAACCCAGAUUUCCAGUUUUCCCUUGAUGGUUUUGAAACCACAAACACCGCUGACGGUUGGGAUUUCCGUGUGGCCGAGGACAAGCCCGAAAACAAGAAGAAAGAUGUGAACUUGGAUGAUAUCUUAAGAAGUAAGGGUGGUCUUACAGGUCUUGUAGGAUCCGAAGAGGCAGCCAAGGAGGAGGAUGAAGAGGACGAGGAAGAGGAGGAAGAUGAGGAAGAAGAGGAAGAGGAAGAAGCUGGCGAGGUUCCUGAGGAGGACGAUGACGAGUUGGCUAUGGACGGUUUCGGUAUGAAUGUUCAAGAAAGCGACGAGGAAGAAGAAGAUGAAGAAGUUCAAGAAGAGGAGGAAGAAGAGGACGAUGUCGAGGAAGUGCCUCGUGUUGGCUCAGAUGACGAGGAAGACGAGGAUAAAGACUCUGAAGAGGCCAUGGCACAGUUCUACGAGAAGGCGGACAGCUCACAAGCUCACACUACUUUCCAGUCUCUUGACCUUUCCCGUCCCGUUCUCAAGGGUCUUGCCAACUUGGGCUACACCAAGCCUUCGCCAAUUCAGUCUGCAUCUAUUCCAAUUGCCCUUAUGGGUAAGGACAUUGUUGCCGGUGCCGUGACAGGUUCUGGUAAAACUGCCGCUUACAUGAUCCCGGUGAUCGAGCGUCUUCUUUAUAAGCCUUCCAAGGUUGCUCUGACAAGAGUCAUUGUCUUGACGCCUACAAGAGAGUUGGCCAUUCAGGUUUGCGAUGUUGGUAAGAAGAUUGGUCGUUUCAUCAACAACUUGUCUCUUGGUUUGGCUGUGGGUGGUUUGAACUUGCGUCAACAAGAGCAGCAGUUGAAGACCAGACCAGAUAUUGUGGUUGCCACUCCUGGUCGUCUUAUUGACCAUAUCAGAAACUCUGCAUCUUUUUCAUUGGACUCGUUGGACAUUUUGAUUAUGGAUGAGGCCGAUAGAAUGUUGGAGGAAGGUUUCCAGGCCGAGUUGACGGAAAUCUUGUCCCUUAUUCCUAAGCAUCAGAGACAGACCAUGUUGUUCUCUGCCACUAUGAACACUAAGAUCCAGGAUUUGAUUCAGUUGUCUUUGAACAAGCCUGUUAGAAUCAUGAUCGAUCCACCAAAGGCUGCUGCUACCAAGUUGAUCCAGGAGUUCGUCCGUAUCAGAAAGAAGGAGGAGAUGAAGCCUGCUCUUUUGUUCCACUUGCUUAAACUCUUGGACCCAUCGCAACAAAACAGAACCGUUGUGUUCGUUUCCAGAAAAGAAACCGCCCAUAAGCUUAGAAUUAUUCUUGGUUUGCUUGGUAUGAAGGUUUCCGAAUUGCAUGGCUCUCUUUCACAAGAGCAGCGUCUUAAUAAUGUCAGUGACUUCAAGAAUUUGACUGUUCCUGUUCUUAUUUGUACCGAUUUGGCCGCUCGUGGUUUGGAUAUUCCAAAGAUCGAGAUGGUCUUCAACUAUGACAUGCCAAAGACCCACGAAAUCUACUUGCAUAGAGUUGGUAGAACUGCCAGAGCUGGUAGAGAAGGUAAGUCUAUUACUUUCGUGGGAGAGGCUGCUGCUGACAGAAACAUUGUCAAGGCUGCUAUCAAGUCUUUGGAGAGCGGCGAGAACAAGCAGCCUGGUAAGGCUGUUUCAAGAAACGUCAACUGGGAGGAAAUUGAAAAGAUCCAGACCAUUGUCACAGAAAAGAAGGAUGUUGUUGAAGAGGUUUUGGCCGAGGAGAAGCUGCAGAAAGAGUUGUUAACCGCCGAGAUGGAAUUGGCCAAGGCUGAUAACCUCAUGAAAUACGGUAAGGAAAUUCAGUCCAGACCAAAGAGAACAUGGUUCGAGACUGAAGCUGAAAAGAGAAAGCACCAAUCUGAAGCCAUGCAACAGCUCACGAAAAACAAGCAUAACAUCAACUCGAAGAAGAGAAAACAAAAAGAAGGCAGAGCCGAUGGAGGCAGCUGGAAGAAGACCAAGACCAUCAGACAAGCUGGUCAGGGUAAACCCAGAAACAGCGGUGGUGGAAAGAAGGGCAAGAAGAAGUAA